UACCAAAAGCGGUAACCCCGAGCUACACUCGGGCUUACCAUGCGGCGCUGCAUAGGGAGUCCCUGCAGCAUUUACCUUGUCCUUCGCUCCCCGCGAUGUGUCCCCUGCAGCAUCCCCGGCCAUCUCCUCCGGCUGAUGCCGGCAUCCGGCUUCUGUGUUCCGGUCCCCGUGACGUCGGGACGUACGGGCGGCGGGCGGCUGGCGGCGGCGGGAAAUUUGAAAAUUUUAAAAAAUGUCAUUUUUUUCAAAACACAUUUUUCACAUGCUUUGUCCUGUGCCCUGCCUGCAUUUUGUCUGUCUUUC